AUUCAGUUUAAAGCAAUCCUCGAGAAGUUAAAGCUAUGGGUUUUGUGAAGCCAGUUUUGCUUGCAAUAAUUGCGAUAGGCGUUUAUAACUACUAUACGAAAGAAAAACCAGCGCCAGUAACAAGCGUUAAGAUGAGAAUUGAAAAAGGUUGGGAACAAGUUGGGGAAAAAUUUAAGGAGUUAGUUUUAGCAGGUGAAAUUAAGGGUUCGUCUUUCUCUGUUCGCCAUAAAGGAAAAGAAGUGGUUAAUAUUGUUGGGGGUUAUGCUGAUAAGGAUUCUUUGCUUGAAUGGGACUUUGACACUUUAUCUCUUUUGUUCUCUAGUACCAAGAUGUAUGGUGCUACAAUUAUUUUGCAUAUGGUCGAGAGAAAACAAUUGUCUUUAGAUGAUACAGUAUCAAAGUAUUGGCCGGAAUUUGCCAAGAAUGGCAAAAAGGAUAUCACAAUUGGUGAUAUUUUGACUCAUAGGUCCUGUCUAUUUUUAGUAGACCAGAAUUACGAUCCUGAAGAUCUCAUUGUUAAUCCUAAAGCUGUUGAAAAAAUCUUUGAGGAUCAAGAACCAUCUUGUAGAAUUGGUAAAGAUCAUGCCUACCAUGCUUUCACUUAUGGGGCACUCUUGCAUUUGAUUGUUAGGAGAGUUGAUAACAAGGGACGAGGCUUAUCACAAUAUUUUAGAGAAGAGAUAGGAAUACCACACAACCUGGACACUUUUAUUGGACUACCAUAUGAAGAAAAUUACAGGACCACGAGAAUGGAGCGCAUACCAAUUUUAUCAUCAGAACUUUUAAGGAGCGAUGCACACGUGUAUCGAGAACUUUCUUUUGGCCUCCUUCUUAAUCCCAAUAGCCCAUUAGCAAAAUCAGUUAAAUAUCCUUCAAUGUAUUUAGAAGAUUAUUCAGUAAAUAAUCCAAAUAAAAGAAGAGCUCCAGAUGCCUGUUGCUUAGGUUUUUCUACAACCAGUAGUAUGACUAAAUUCUUUUCUCUAUUAGAAGCAGGAAAGAUUCUUAAAAACGAAACAUUAGAUCUAAUAACAACCCCUGUUUCUGACGGUGAAAAUAUACUUGUUAAGGUGAAAAUCUUCUUUUCCCAUGGAUUUUUCAUAACCAAUUUAAGCGGAAAAAAAGUCUAUGGACAUUCGGGAGCUGGUGGUCAAUCUUUAUUCUCUGAUAAAGAAAAUGAAUUAGUCUUUGCUUAUUUAACAAACUACGCAACAAUAUACUCGAGAGGAGAUGACCCUAGAUUUAUACAAUUGUUUAACGCUGCUUACGAAUGCCUUAAGAAUGUUACUAAAUGA